CGCACAACAUCUUUAUGUGAGUCAGGCUACAUGCUAAAUUAGCUCCAGCGGUGCCUUCACAGAUUACAGAGCCACAAAACACACAGGUUUUCGCCGCGGUUUUCGGGUCAAACCCGGUGGUCUACACCUUUAAACGGGAACUGUGCUGAAGUGUAACGUUACUGCUACAAACUUUGCUAUGGGAAAAAAGUCCCGUGAAGAGGAAUCUUCAUCUUCUGAAGAGGAGUAUGUUGUGGAGAAGGUGCUGGACAGGAGGGUGGUGAAAGGCCGCGUUGAGUUCUUCCUGAAGUGGAAGGGAUACUCAGAUAAGCACAACACAUGGGAACCAGAGAAGAAUCUGGACUGCCCUGAGCUUAUAUCUGAAUUCAUGAAAACCUACAAGAAAAGCAGCAGCAGCAGCAGCAGCGGUGGUGGAAGCUCCACACCAAGCAGUGGGGGCAGCAAAUCAAGUGCAGGCUCCCUAGGACGCACCAAAGACUCCAGUGGCUCGAAGAAGAGAAGCUCGGAUGACGAAGAGGGUGGCAGUAAGCCCAAAAAGAAAAAAGAGGAUGACAUUCUCGUUGCACGUGGAUUUGAAAGAGGACUCGAGCCAGAGAAGAUCAUCGGAGCAACUGACUCGUGUGGUGACCUUAUGUUUCUUAUGAAAUGGAAAGACUCUGACGAGGCUGAUCUCGUGCUCGCAAAGGAGGCCAAUCAUAAGUGCCCACAGAUUGUCAUAGCCUUCUAUGAGGAACGUCUCACCUGGCAUGAAGACAGUGACAAGAAGGAGAAGGACGCUGUCAGUGCGUGAGUGCAUCACCUCAGGAGGAAACGGGACCUCAUCCGCUGCAGGGACAACCUUGAGUCAGACAUUUUUCACACCCAAUCCUCCCAUAUUUCCUCUGUACCAUGUCCAACAAUGACACAAAUACAUCGGACACAGAUCUCCAUCCAUGACCCAUUGGAGCACAAGGGCCCAGACUGCUGAUAAGGAUGUAUCAGAUAGGAGGAGGAGCUGUGCAACAUGGGGGACAAUGCUACUGGGGAGGGUUUCUGCUGUUCUCUUUUUAUUCUUUACCUUCUUUUAAUGUCUUAACAUGUCAUGUUUUAGUGCUUACGGGAUAUGAUCAUGUCAGUUUGGUAUUUUGCAUCCACAAGCACAGGUGGCCAUCUGUUAAACUCUGAAUAUAGUCUUGAGCCAGACUUGGCACAAGCUCUGUUUAACAAUGAGCUUGUCCUGGGUUGGUGCACAACCGCCAUCCUAAAGUCUUUAUAAGCAGUACACAUCUUUGCUUUAAGAACGUACUAACACCACUGCGGAUAAGACUAAUAUUCAGGAAGCAACCACCGCAGCACUUCCCUGACUGCAUAAUCACUUCCUUUUAAACUUUUUAUCUCUUGUACAUCUGUCUGUCUGUCCUGCCGACUUGGAUGCAAUGACUCAAUUUGCAAACUUGCUGAGGACACCGGCCAAUUAUUUUUAUUAUAAAGUAGGUAUGAUAUCUUUGUUUUUGUUUUUUUUAAAUUGUCUUUUUUUUCUCCCCUUAUUUCCAAGUUUUAAUGUGUCAAACUGGUGUUUUUUAAUUUCGUCAUUAGUUCAAGAAAAUUACAAUAAAAUUUAAUUUUUGCUGAGUUUUGUACUUUUUUUUUUUUUUUUUCUUUUAAAAAAAAAACCAACCUUCUUUUAACUGCAGUGUUAUCUUUGGACCAGUCUCAUGUUCAUAGGACAAUCUUCACUGUAUCCACAUGAAGUGAAACCAGCAUUCAUCACCAGUCAUUAGGGUCUGCCACCUUGUGGCUAAAACUAAUUUCUUGACUGUGACCAAUCUCUAUGAUAGCAACCCUGCAGUUUAAGGUGUUAUUGAUCUUGUUAGUUAGUGAGAUACUUUGAUAGAUUAUUUUUUAACACUUUCAAUUGGUAAAAAUCUAUUCAAAGUAUUUGUUCUUGAUAUCAUUGUAAUGUUUAUUUUGAAACAUUAAAACAGUUUCUGAUCUGAUUAUGCAUAUUGUGGGUUUCAUUGUGAAUAAUUUGAUUGUUCCUGGCAGUAUUACUUUUUUUUCUUUUUUUUCUGGGACGAUAUUUCUACCUAACAUCCAGAGAUCAAAUUGAAUAUAUAAGAUGGAUAAUGGUCUUGUAGUUUGAUCUCUUGUGCUCCAAUAUGGACCUUUAGGACCAAAUGUGCAGUGUCUACAGACUGAUGUUUUUUUUGUGUGGCUUUAAUCCGCACUGUAAAUGAAGGCUGUGACCUUCUCCCUUUUCAUACAGCCCAUAAAUCAUGGCCCUUGAUAUCAAUUAUAUACUGUUUUUAGUGUAAUUUCCUUUCAUUAAAAAUAUUUUGUCCUUUCAGAUCUUUGAAGUCUGUCCUCAGUUUUGCUGAUGCAGGAUUUUUGAAAUGUAGACUUUUUCUUGUGAAUUAAAUGUUACAAAGAUGUGUACAGUAGCACCCUUUAAUAAACAAUUUCAA